AUGACGGACUCAGAUGCAGGCGUGCAGCACGACCCCUGGGGCGCAGAGACUGCAGAGCAGAGCCCUGGUGCCCUGCAGAGCUCGGGCCUCACCCUCCUCCUGUCCCUCGCCGCCCACUGCUCUGGGCCCCAAGUCAAGGGUCUUUCCCCAGGAGGGCUGGAUGCCAGUGGGGCCAACCUGUGGGCCAGGAGGAAGUGCUGCCCCAGGGUCUGGUGCUGGGGGACAGUGGAGUCGGACCUUGGUCCUGCAGGCUGCGUGCAGCCCGUGCCCUUCUGCUGGGCAGCCGCGCUCAACUGCUUCCACCCCUCCCAGACCCUCCCUGCCACUGUCCCCUCCUCUCUGCCCAGUGCCAACUGCUCCCUGCUGCAAGGCGUCUGGUGCCAGCCGGCCGGUCAGCUGCCCCGGGACCAGCUCUCAGCCCUAAUCCAGAGGCUGGCCUUGCUGCAGGUCCCCCUCCAGGCCUGGCAGCUCAGCUGCUUGGCCAACCUGGCAUCACGGUGCGGCCUCCAGGACGACUUCACGCUCCACCCGCCCAACCUGCUGCUCUUCUACAACCUGAGCCAGGUGCGGGAAGUUGACUGCCGGGCCUUCAUCCGCCGCGCCGCCCAGGGGGACGUGGAGCUGCUGAGCCAUCUACCCGACCAGAGGGUCGCCCUGCAGCGUGUGGCUGUGGGCUGCCUGGCGGGGGCCCGCCCACAGCUCAGCGCCUCCAACCUGCCGCUGCUCGGGGCCCUGGUGUGUGACAUGGACGCGUCCAGCAUCAGUGCUGCGGACCCCCACGUGCUGGAGAACCUGCAGCGCUGCCCCCGGCUGACCACCGCCCAGCGCAUUGCCCUCAACUCACUGCUGGCCGGUGGGAAGACCUCGCUCGGGCCCCCUGGCUCCUGGACACUGGAGGGGCUGCAGGCCCUGGGUUCCCUGGCCACAUACAUCAGCCCUCACCUGUGGGCACAGGUGCAGGAGGCCGUGGGCCUGGGCUUCUUCAGUAGCAUGGUGGCGGCAUGCCGGGCAGGGAGGCUCAGCCAGCAUGAGGCCAGGCGCUUCGUCACCAGCUUCCUGGAGUCCAAGACCAAACUGGUGUCCUCCAGGCCCAGGCUCAGCACAGGGAGAUCCUGUGUCCGAGGCAACAUCACGGCCGCCACGCUGCGGGACAACCUCUUCCUGGUGCACUACGACUGUGCACAGCUUGAGUCCUGCCUGGAUGGCCACGUCCUCAGAACCAACCUGGAACCCCUGCUGCAGCACCCACUGCCCACUGAGUGCCAGCGCGUGGUCAAGGCCAAGCUCGAGCAGAUCUACCCACAAGGCCUCCCGGAGUAUCAGCUGCGGCUCAUCACCUCGCUGGUCUACCUCUACUCCUGCACCGAGAUCGGCCAGUGGAGCAUCACCUCCCGGGACACGGUUGUGGCUCUGCUGGCCUCUGAUGUGGCCCUGGAGAACCAGACAGAGGUGAGGGCACCUGGGCAGGCGGGCAGGUGGGUGGUCCCAAGCCCCAGCCCACCCCACCGACCCUGGCUCUGCCCCCAGGCUAGGUUACAUUCUGAAGUUCUGAGUGGAUGUGAAUUUGGGGGAACCCUGUUCACCCCAGGACAGAGGGUGAGAGGAAAGCUGUGGCUCAGGAAGGGAGGGCCAUGCCCAGCCGUUGGAAGGGUCGGGGACUGGUGGCCAACUCCUCAGCCUCCUGCCUCCCCCAGGCUGGCCGGGGCCCUGGACGUCUCUUCCUGCCCCCAGAGCCGGAAGGACGUGCUCUACGCCAAGGCCCGUGAGGCCUUCAGCAGCAGCAGCAGGACCCCAGCUGCCUACUACCACUUCAUGCGCCCCUACCUCGGCGGUGCACCGGUGGAGGAGCUGCAGCACCUGGCCCAGGCCAACAUCUCCAUGGACAUCGACACCUUCACCAGCCUGAACCCCCGCGUGCUGCAGAGCCUAGAUGUCAGCAACGUGACUGCGCUGCUGGGCCACAACGUGGGAGACCUGCAGAAGGCCCGCAGCCACCCCACCGUCAGGUCCUGGCUGUACAGCCUCAACAGCUCCGCCCUGGGCCAGCUGGGCCUUGACGCCAGCCCCGCUGGCCCCACCAGCCCCACCGGCCCCUCCAGCCCCACCGGCCCAGCCCACGGCACCAGCGGGCCCCCCAGCACCACCCACCAAGCGCCUCAUCUGGUCCACACCUCAGGCCUGCCCGGGAACGCUGCCCAGGCCUCCACCUCAGGCAGCCCGUGGGCCCCCCUGGGGUACCUGCCCCUGGCGGUGGCCCUGCCCUCUAGCCUCCUGUGGCUGCUGCACUGGGGGACCUGCACCCUGGCUUCUGUGGACAUUGCUGCCUCGGGGUGGCUGGGUUCACAGGGGUCAGGUGCAGGAAAAACAGGGCUGUUAGAUUCAGCUGGACGCCCACUAGGACUGAGGGGCCGGCUCUAGGCCAGGCCAACCUGCCCAAGCCCCACCUCCUAGGCCGCCCCGCCCAUCCCCGCCUCCAGGCCCUGCGAGCUGGACUGAGGACCAGGCCCUGAGGA